AUGUCGCGUGCGCCAAAACGAAGAAGGACAGAAGACUGUCGUGGCGAAGGAUGUGGGCAACCGAGAUGUGGUAGCUGCUGGGUGGACUCUGACGGGGCAGACGAAGUACGGCCGUCCCAACCGUCGGCGAGCGGAGCUGCGUAUGAGUCGCCUAGUGGCCGGCCUACUCUCCACGAUCCCGCCCAAGUUCCGGAUACGCGGCGACGAGCCGCAACCCUGGCGUCGGGGUCACCGCACGCCCCGGGAUUGCCGACAUCGCGGGCCGAUACGAUGAGCUUCCGGGAGAUGGUGGAUGCGCUGGACGAGCGCGAGGUCCGGGACACGCUGGUCCGCCUGGCGUCCAUGGCACCCUCGGCGCAGACGGCCAUACGGCAGGCGUACACAAGCCACCACCAGCGGCGCGCCGAGACGGCGGCCCGGGCCCCAGACCAGCCCUACGACAUAGACGGCUACAGCAAGAAGGCCUGGCACGCGCUCCACACGUCCCCGGAUGCGAAGAGCUGGCCCCGCGUCCGGGACCCGGACCGCGCCGUCGCCGCCGCCUCCUCGGCCGUGCUGCAGUGUGCCGAGGCCAUCUAUGCGCGGACGACGACGACGAUGAGCGGGGCUGCCUCCUCGCCCUCCACGGCCUCGUCUGGGGAGCGGCCCGGGAUCCCGUUCGAGACCCGGCUCGCCGGUCUCGAGACCAUGCGCAAGAUCCUCAAGACAGUGCUGCUCGGGUCCAACGGCCUGGUCGAGCGGGUGCGGGACGACAUCGAGGCCGGCCAGGCCUUCGUCGCGCUGCUCAAGAUGGUCGUCGGCGAGGCCCUGGCGACCCCCGAGGAGCGCGUCCGGGCCGGCGGCACCGCUGACGAGAAGGGCACCCUGCUGCAGAAGUUCACGUGGUGCCGGGACGAGGCCGCCAAGCUGCGCCUGGCUGGGCUGCGCGAUGGCCUCGAUGAGGUACUCCAGGAGCUGGGCCAGCGGCCCCAGGUGGAGGUCGUGGACCUAAGGUGA